AUGGCGCGAGUAUGGAUGGCGCUGGGCUUGCUGCCUCUAGCGAGAGCGUUCGUGGCCCCGGCUGCCGGGUUGCAAGGGGCUGCUCUGUCUUCAAGCAGACAAGAUGCUCGUGUGGCAGUUAGAGGAGGGGCUUCCAAGUCUUCCACUACCGAGGCGCCCAGCCUAGGCUGGGAUACCCACAAGGCGGUGGAAGAGGUGCCGCAGUCACUGGUGCGAGAGCUGGAGGGCAACGACUCGAUGAGGUCCAAGUUCGAGGCUUUGUGCCGCAGGGCUCAGAACGACAUCUGCAAAAAGAUUGAAGAGCUCGACGGGGAAGGGAAGUUCCAGGAGGACGCUUGGGUGAGACCGAACGGCGGAGGAGGCAUCAGCCGGGUCUUGGCUGGGGGGAAGGUGUUCGAGAAGGCCGGGGUUAACCUCUCCGUCGUCUACGGGACCAUGCCACAAGAGGCACUGAGGGCGGCGACUGAGCGCGGCGUGGAUCGCGCGAAGGGAAUGGCGGAGGGGGAGAGAGUGCCCUUCUUCGCAUGCGGGCUGUCUUCCGUAAUGCACCCAAAGAACCCCAUGUGCCCGACGAUGCACUUCAACUACCGGUACUUCGAGACCGACGGAGGCGUUUGGUGGUUCGGGGGAGGGACCGACAUCACCCCGGCCUACCUCAAUGAAGACGACAUGGCACACUUCCACGGCACCUACAAGAAGGUGUGCGACAAGCACGACCCGGACUACUACGCCAAGUUCAAGAAGUGGGCGGAUGAGUAUUUCGUAAUCAAGCACCGGGGUGAGACUCGUGGACUUGGCGGGAUCUUCUUCGACGACCAGAACGACAAAGAGCCGGAUACCCACAUGGCUUUCUCUGAGGACUGCCUGAAGGCAGUGCUAGACGCGUACCCCCCCAUCGUCGACAAGCACAAGGACGACGAUUUUACGGAGCAGCAGAAGCAGUGGCAGCUUAUGCGGAGGGGAAGGUAUGUCGAGUUCAACUUGGUGUACGACAGGGGAACCGUAUUCGGCCUCCAAGACGGGUGGCCGCAUCGAGUCCAUCCUCAUGUCUCUGCCUGAGACGGCGAGGUGGGAGUACGACCAUCAGCCGGAGGAAGGAAGCAGGGAGGCUGAGAUUAUGGAGGUGUUCAAGACGCCGAGGGAGUGGGUGUAGGCUGCUGCUGAUGUAGGCACGGACGCUAUCAUAGCACGGGUGCACGGCCGAAGUGCGGUGCAGGCCGUUCGCUGCAACGUUCCUUCUGCUGCGCGGUGAUCUUGCCGUGCGCCUUUUUUGUCUUGUUUGAAAGUGGCCGAGGGAGGCUUGGAUUGGUAGAAUACUGCUGCUGCUUAGUCCUUCGGUGAUGGGAGUGCGGGGUUGCAGGCCUGGAAGCUACGGCUGGGAUGACGCCGUCUCAAGGCCCCGCCAGCAUGUGAGUGUGCCAGUCGGGAAAGUUUUGCCAUCAUUGUUUGGGAGUUGGGCGCAGUCCAUGUUGUUGUAAAAAAUGGCCGACAGAGCAUCGACCGGCUGGUUUUCAAGAACGACGUCCGCGUCGUGCCGUGCGUUUCAUUCAUGCAUCAGAUAUCUCGUUUUGGUUGCAUACACGUCCACGUUGGUUUUCGUGGACGGCCGAUUUUGUGCGCAGCAGUCUUGGUCGAUGAUUGACAGCAAAAUAUAUAAUCGCGUUCGUGUGGUGUUUCGGUCUCAUGAAGUCCAAGGGGUGAAGCGGAAAACAACGAAGGUACGUACAUCUUUCGUGGUGUGCCCAAGGCGGAAUAUUUGUGCUACAAUUUUUGCGUUCACUCCGCAUUUCUCGCCUUCUUUGGUAUUCUUUGGUAGUUGGAGAGGGCGCAUCUAGACGGUUCCACACGCGCUGAGGGAAGAGUUGGUGUUAACCUCCCGCCAUUAGUCGUAGGUGGCAUGCCGGUAUGUGUUCGCCUCUGUGGCCUCUGAUCGGAGUACAAUGAGGUUUCACGUACGGGAUUAUCGACAAGAUAUCGAAGGCGUCGUCUCCACGCCGAACUGAAGUAGUAUUCAGGUGGAUUGGGAUUGAACUGACCGUGUUAGUACGCAUUGGAAUCACGUGCGAUAAACAUGGUUCUGGCUGC